UUAAUCUUCCAGAAGAAAAAGAAUCCAUUUUUGCGCGGUGUUCGUCCAAAAACCAACUGCACAAACCCUCCGAAUUUGCUGAUAUUCGCGAAGAAUUCCACAUUGAAAACGACAGGUGAUAAAAUAUCUACCCACGAUUUUCAAUUGUGCGCGCGCGCGUGGCCCUCCCCCCACACAUGGUUUCUUCUGCAUGCACCCAAAUUGAAAAUCACCACCCCCACUCAGAAAAAAAAAAGUGAUUGCGCGUAUGGAUAUCUUAUUCAUUUUCUAAUAUGUGACCCAAGCGUGCAGAAAUUCGUGGGGCCUUUUUCCUCGAUUUUUUUUUCUUAUCUUAAUUUUUCCUGUGUUUCCUGGUUGUGAUUCUUCUGCUGCUAUCUUCACUGAUUUUGGGGAAUUCUGGGUUAUUGUGAGAUUUUUCAGCUGAUUUUGAAGCAGGUUUCUUAUGAGAGAUUUGUUUAGGGUUUCUAUUAAUUGAAGGUACAAAUUACAAUGAACGCUUGGGGAAGAAGUGGAUUUGUUCCAGUACAACUCUGUAUUUUCGCAUGGAUUAUUACUUGUAUAGUAAAUUGAUGUUUUUACGAAGAUCUGCUGUGUGUUGGAAAUGGUGAAAGUUAGUUAAUUUCAGAGGCCUUGAUGCCUGGGUGAUAUGUCAUCUGCAUCUCCACCUCAAAAUUCUCCGGUUGCUGCUGCUCCACCACCUAACUCUCUUAGUGAACCUCCAACCGCCGCAACUGAGCCACGACAGCCACCUCCUCCACCACCGGAAACACCUCCCAUGGAUUCUCUACCCCCAAUAUCAACUCCUCCUCAACCUGUAGCUCCACCUCCAAAAUCGCCGUCGCCGCCCGAUGGUCCACCAGCUGACUCGCCACCGCCACCUGUACCAACUGAUCCUCCUCCCAAUUCACCUCCACCUCCAUCAUCUAUGCCGCCGGAAAUUUCUCCUCCACCUCCGCCUCAGCCGUCAAAUAGCACCCCACCUCCGCCUAAGAAAUUGCCACCCCCACCAUCACCUAAGCCUCCACAGAUCCCCCCUCCUCCACCAUUGUCUAAACCACCUCCCGAAAGUUCACUGCCACCACCACCACCACAGCCACCAUCGCCACCGCCACCGCCAGUUUUGCCGCCCCCUAAGUCUGGAGCAACACCAGUUCCAUCUCCCCCACCCCCAGCAUAUUCACCAUCUUCAAAUUCUCUUCCAAAGUCAGCACCACCACCUGCAAUACAGUCAAAACCAUCUCCGCCCAUCGUUUUAUCACCACCAUCCCAUUUUCCUCCUUCACCGCCCCAUUCUCCUCCUUCACCGCCAUCCGUAGCUCCACGAGAUAUUUCAAGAACCAACAAUUCCAGUGGCAACGAAACGCAAAAUUCACCAUACUCGGGUAGUGGAAGCAUUAGUAAGGGAGGCAUUGUGGCAAUUGUGUUGGUACUCAUUUUCAUAGUUUUGGGAAUCGUUGGAUCUUCAGCCUGUCGUGCAUGGAAGCGGAAGAAAAAAUCUCCCGGACAUGGCAGUGGUUACAUUAUGCCGACCUUUCUUGGUUCUCCUCAAGAAUCAGAUUCUGCCCUACUUAAGGUGCAAAUGUCGGCACACAAAAAUGGAAGUGGCUCGGUCAAAGGUAUCGUCUAUUCGUCCCACGACCGCAUUGACUUUGUCAAGUCUAGGUCGUGUUUCACCUACAAAGAACUAGCUGAAGCCACUAACGGGUUUUCAGCACAUAAUCUCUUGGGUGAAGGUGGAUUUGGGUAUGUGUACAAAGGAAGCCUUGAUGAUGGUAGAGAAAUUGCAGUUAAGCAGUUAAAGAUCGGUGGAGGCCAAGGGGAGCGUGAAUUCAGAUCUGAAGUGGAGAUAAUAAGUCGUAUACACCAUCGCCAUUUGGUUUCGCUCGUUGGUUAUUGCAUUCACGAGAAGAGAAGGCUGCUUGUGUAUGCCUAUGUUCCUAAUAAUAACCUCCACUUCCAUCUUCAUGGUGAAGGUAGGCCAGCUUUGGAUUGGGCUACACGUGUAAAGAUUGCUAUUGGUGCAGCUCGCGGAAUAGCUUACCUUCAUGAAGAUUGUCAUCCUCGUAUCAUCCAUAGAGAUAUCAAGUCAUCAAACAUCCUUUUAGAUAACAACUUCGAAGCUCGGGUUUCUGAUUUCGGACUUGCAAAAUUAGCUGUGGAUGCAAAUACACAUGUGACCACACGCGUAAUGGGUACUUUCGGGUAUAUGGCUCCUGAAUAUGCUUCCAGCGGCAAAUUGACUGAUAAGUCCGAUGUAUAUUCAUACGGGGUUGUGCUUUUGGAGUUGAUUACGGGACGCAAGCCCGUAGAUACAUCUCAGCCCCUAGGAGAAGAGAGCUUAGUUGAGUGGGGUCGACCUUUGCUUGGUCAUGCACUCGAGACUCAGGAUUUUGAAGGGUUGGCAGAUCCAAUGCUUGAAAGGCAAUAUGUCGAUAGUGAAAUGUUCCGGAUGGUUGAAGCUGCAGCAUCGUGUGUUCGCCAUUCAUCCGCAAAGAGACCUAAAAUGGGACAGGUGGUUAGGGCUUUGGACUGUAUGGAUUCCACGGAUUUGACAAACGGGAUGAGAGUGGGCGAGAGUGAAAUAUUUAACUACAGUGAUCAAUCUGCAGAAAUUAGAUUGUUCCGGAGAAUGGCGUUUGGUAGUCAAGAUUAUAGUACAGGUUUUUACAAUCAAAAUAGCUGGAGUAGUGGCAAUCAGGUAAAUAGCAGGAGAUUAUGAUAUUAAUGCAAUGAAAGAUGGAAUCUUGAUGUAAAUGCAGUGGCAGUUCUUUUUGUAUGUAGUUUAUAUCAUUAGUUAGGUUUUUGUGAGUUGUUGAUUUCUGUUCAUGUUAAUUUUAUAUAUAUAACAAGAUAUAUUUCUUUUAA